AUGGAGAAUAGAUCAGUGCUGAGAUUAUUAGAGGAUAUGGUGAUAGAAGUUUUGGUCCAUCUUCCCGUCAAGUCACUGAUGCGAUUCAGGUGUGUUUCGAAAUCUUGGUGCGCUCUAAUCAGAAGCCCUGAUUUUGCCACCAUGCAUAUGCGUAGUAAGGAAAUGUCUGAAACCUGCAGCGUAAUGCUAAUUAACUCUUUGCUAUUUCCAGGCAAGACCGCCGACGAUCUAUUAUACCUAGGCACUCAUGCCUUGUCGUUCCAUGACCUGCAUUGUCCGGAAUUAUCACCGGUACGGCCAGACGUUUUCUUCCCUUUAGGCAACACAUACACCCCUGAAUUUGUGAGCGUUUACGGCCCCUGCAACGGGCUUGUUGUUUUAGUGGUAGGUGGCAACUUUGUUUGGUGCAACCCCACAUUGCGAGAAUUCAAAGUGCUUCCUCCUCCCAACCCCAUCACCGUUCCGGAGGGUUAUAAAGUUACGAUUUUUCUAGAGUAUGGAUUUGGUUUCGAUGCUGAUACUAAUUCCUAUAAAUUUGUGACCUUAGUUUUGGUGCAAGAACAUGUGACUCACCUCGAUUUGGACCCUUCCUACGAGGAGGACAGUUACAUUUUGACAACUCUGUACGAUUCAAGCAUCGAUUCUUGGAGGAUAAUCGACACCAAGUUGCCGGAAUUGGAUCACAGACCUGAAGUCAAUCUCUUCUUCAAUGGUGCACAGCAUUGGAAAGUAACUGCACAUGAUCGGUAUGAACAGAACUCUAAUCAUAACAACGUUGGUUAUAACAUCCUUUGUUUUGAUAUGAGUAGUGAGGUUUUCAAAUGGAUUUCGUAUCCCCAAAUGUAUUACGACGAUGAUCGCAAGUACGAGGCUCUUGUGAGCUUAAAACAGUGUCUUGCCAUAGCUCGAUAUGGUGUUGAGUCAGUUGAUUGUAUUGAGAUUUGGGUGUUGAAGGAGUAUGGUGUUAGUGAAUCAUGGACCAAAGAAUUCGUAAUUUCUGCUGCAUACCCCACGAGUUUUGGUUUGGCUCCUAGAUGUUGUUCUUGGCAAGAUGAAUGGAUACUGCUUGAAUCUGGGGGGCAAUUAGCAGCUUAUUCAGUUGAUUGUAUUGAGAUUUGGGUGUUGAAGGAGUAUGGUGUCAGUGAAUCAUGGACCAAAGAAUUCGUAAUUUCUGCUGCAUACCCCACGAGUUUUGGUUUGGUUCCUAGAUGUCGUUCUUGGCAAGAUGAAUGGAUACUGCUUGAAUCUGGGGGGCAAUUAGCAGCUUAUGCAAUCCAUGCAAAUCAAAUCAACACAUUCCAAUUUCAUGGGCUUGAGAAGUCGUUCCGAGCUAUAAUUUUCAGGGAGAGCUUAGUUAGUUUAAAUAAGGUUCUACGUAUAUGA